AUUUUUAUCGGGAUAUAUAUAUAUUUAUUUUGGUUAAAUUUGUUCAAAAAUGUUGGCGCCCCAAGAGAAUCGUUUUCAAUAUGUUUACUUUACGCUCUCCGGUCUGGUGGCAUGCACCAUGCUCAUACUAUUCUAUAUCUCCAUGCGCACAACCAUUAAUGAACGCCUGCGCGAUGAUCUCAAGCUGCUGCAACGUCAACUCAUCUAUGAGAAACCGAAUCCAAAUUGGGCCUACAACAACACCUGGCAACGCAUUGGCAAUACAACAUUGAGGCAUGAAAUAUACUCUGCCUACUUUGAUGUUCGUACAGAUAUUAUUAGUAACGUGCAGCUGGAUGAGCACCAGUUGACGGUGGGUUCGUUGCGGAUCUUUGCCAUUUUGCCGGAGAGACUCCGUGACUCGAGGGUCAGUUGCAUUGUGAGGUAUGCGGACUUUUCGAGUCACGAGAUUGUGGCCGAGGAGGCGGCUGCGAUGCACGAUGUGCACAACAACAGCUUUGCGGCAUGGAGCAUUAUGUGUCCGCUGCAGGUGAAGAAGGAGUCGCCGCUGUGGCUGCCACAAGAAGUGGCACUGAGCUAUGCCUCCAAUCGAGCGAGUCAUGUCUCUCCGCGCUUCAUACAGAUUAGUUAUCCUCGCAACAUGUCGGAGAUGUUUAACAAAUCUCGUGCCACAAUCUCCGUGUGCGUUGGACCAUUGCAGGAGAACUACUCGAAUGUGCUGCGUCUGGUGGAGUUUGUGGAAAUGUAUCGAUUGCAGGGCGCCGUUCACUUCUACUUCUACUACGUGGAGGCCAGCGAGGAGGUGAGACGUGUGCUGGAUCACUAUCAGCAUCUGCGACUCGCCGAUGUCUUCGAGUGGAAUGUCCAGGCGCAUCUGCAGGAUGUUCACUAUGCCGGGAUUGUGGCGCAGUUCAAUGACUGCGUCUAUCGUGCCAAUGUGGUGGACAAUCAUCGCUAUGCGGCCGUUGUGGAUCUGGACGAGGUGCUGAUGCCCUUGAAGCACAACUCUCUGGCGGAUUAUCUGCGACAGUGUGACGAGGGUCGCACCUCGGGCUUCGUCUUUCGCAAUGUGUUCUUCUACCGCCGCGAUAGCAACGAUACCUUCAAUGCACCUGGUCACAUCGUGAAUCGCGUGCUCUACACGCAGUCCAAGGUGCGACGCACUCUGGAGGUGAUGCCCGCCUAUGUGCGGAGCAAAGUGGUGGUGAAUACACGUGCCAUUGUCGAGAUGGGGAAUCAUCAGGUUUAUCGCUCGGCGCCCGGCUUUGUCGAUCACAUAGUGCACCAGACGGUGGGACUGCUCUUUCACUAUCGCGACAAGUGCAUCAACUGCAAAAUGGUGCUGAUUGUGGACUACACAGCACGGCGAUUUGGCUCGCUGCUCUUCGAUCGCGUCGAUGGCACUUGUCUGGCGGUCUUCAUGGAGCGACGUGGCAUCUGUACGCUGGCGUAACCCGAACCAAUGGCGAUGGCAGUGCCUUAUCGCCCGGGUAAACGCCCAUCGAAUGGACAACCAGUUGUCAUGUCAGUCUUGUGGCGUCGCUUGUGGCCUCAACAACAUCAUGCUAAAGUUCUGUUCGCUGCGUCGCGGUGGCCAGCAAUCAAAGUCAGCAACAAAGUCAAGCUCGAAUUCGAAAUCGAAAUCGAAUUUGGAGGCGCCACCGUUGCCCGCCAAACGUGUGUCCAAAAGUGUAUGACUAUUUCAUUUUAGUCCCUAAGAAAUGUUCGCCUUGUGCUCUUUGUCUACUCAAUAAAUGCUAAAAAUGUGCUUUAAGUGAAGUUU